UUUCGAUCUUGACCUUGGAGCGAUGAGAAGUUCUUAUAAGAAGAAUUAAAUUCGUUCUAAACACUUUUCGUGGCGGCAAUGUCUUCUCAAAAUCCUACGAAUGCACAAUACUCUGCUCUGUCUUUGGGUGGACCAUUAGGAUCGCCACCAAGUCACCCUGGAAAGAGCAUCGCAAAAAUAACUACCGCAUUCAUUGGAGCUCUUGUAGUUUCAGCAACAAUUCUCGUUGCCUUGUCGGGAACUACUCCUUCUUCCCAUCUUGCAGCACCAAGUCAUGAGGUUUUAGCAACACAGGACGAGCCUAUCCAGUUGGAAAACGACUCACAAGACAAAUACGUAGAGUUUCGGUACGAUCCAAUAUCUGGAAAGUAUUCACACGUAAACAAUGAUGGUUCAAGAAUUAAUCCAUUUGUUGUCAAGAAUGUUGAACGGCACUCUGAAAAACAAUACGCUGUCUACUUACACAAGAAGGACUCAAAUGAAGAAGGAAGUAUUUACUGGAAAUUCAACUUGAAGUCCACUAGAAAGAUAUUGGAGAAACUUGAAAUUAGAAUGGUAUCGAUCAACAAUAUUGCUAAUGGUGGAGGAAAAGCCGAAGCUUGUCUACAACCUUCUGAAACGUGUAAAGACAUUCCAGUCGGCGGUGUUCUAACUCUUGAAAAGCCAGAAUCUGAAACUCUAACUGUGGGAAUAAAGCUGUUCAAGAAUAUACAACUUUUUGGUCGCGAUGAGAAGUGUACAGAGUGUGGAGAGUUUGAGAGGGGAUUUUCAGUCAAAGCCUUCUGGAAGUCCAACUAGUACUACUACACCUCCAGCCAUCUGAAUUUGCAAUUCAUAUUUUAUUUUUAAAACUUGUUUCAAUAAAUCAAGUUACUCUAAUAAACAUAAUAUUUCGU